AUGCGAAACGGGACCUUCGUCAUUCCUAGCACGGGCGAGCGAUCGCGAAAGCAGUUCACCCUGCGCGCCUCGGCGACCGCCAACAGCCGCGCCAGCAUCAUCAACCGAUAUACCGAAGCCGAAACGAUAUGCGAACGAUGCGCCGCUAUGGCCCACGAUGGAAAGUCCAGAGCGCUCGCCCUCUGGCACUGGCUCUGCUCCGACCAAGGUCACCAGGUCCUCAAAUGCACCUUUGCAUACGUGCUCGGCAGUCUCGCCACCUUCUCGCCGCUCCUCUCCGACUUUCUCGGCGACCGCGACGGAAAGCACAUUGUCGCGACGCUGACCGUCUUCUUCCACCCCGCGCGAACGACCGGCUCCAUGAUUGAGGCCAUCCUGGUCGCCAUCGUCGCCGUCAUCUGCGCCGAUCUAGUCUGCGUGCUCAGCAUGACCGUCGCCGUCCUUUCACGAAGGCAGCUGGACUCGGUAGCCCCGGCUCAUGCCAUAAUUCUUCUCAUGGCAGUCGGUGGCGGCCUCGGCUUCAUCGCCUGGGUGAAACAAAGGUUGAAUCAACCACUGGUCAACGUUGCCGCGACCCUAGCCUCCAUCGCUAUCAUUUCCAUGGUUACCAAGGACGACUCGAUCCAAUACGGUUAUUUUUCCGAUGACAGGAUUGUUCAGGUGCUCAAGAUGCUCCUCAUAGGAAUCACCUUCAGCGCCGCAGUCAACGUGCUGGUCUGGCCCGUGGCGGCGCGACAUAUCUUGCGCAAAUCCAUCACCACUGCAUCCUCCACCCUAAGUGACCGAUUGUCCUUUGUGACCAGAGGGUUUCUUAUCGGUUCCGAGGAGGAGGUCAACUCACCUGAAUACCACCGUGUUUCCAAGUCUUACACGGCCGCCUAUGGCCUGAUGACAUUGACGCUGCGAGAAGCCAAGCUGGAAUAUUAUGUACUCGGCCAAGAACGAAUAUACCAAUAUGACAAGCGGCUCGUCAAGUCCCUUGACUCGGUGUCACAGGCUAUCGGCGGCUUGAGAAGUGCCCUUAAUACCCAGUUUACACUUCUCAGAGAGGGCGUCGCAGCUGCCGAGAACCAAGAGACGACAGCUGAUGGUGCCCUGCUCUCACCUAAAAUGUCCGGCAGGGCAUCCUCGCUAAUGGACGUCGUGCAGCGGCUAUCAGUAAUUGAAGAAGACGAUGAACCACGAAGCAACCCAGAUUUGAGAUCUGAUCCCUCGCAGGAUCUAACACCAAUCUUCCGCGUGCCCUCCGAUAUCUUUGCACUUUUUAUGGCCCUCCUAGGGCCCUCGAUGAAAUCUUUGGCCUAUACUCUAUCCGAAAUAUUGCGCGAGCCCCCUUUUGGUAAGGACUUGACCAAUGAGGUUGCGGAGUCGGAACAACUACGAGAAUCUCUGCGAGAUGCGUUGGGCUUGUACAACUCGGCACGAAGCCGUGCUCUGCAAGAGGUGUACAGGAGUAUGGAGCUAGGCCGCACCCGGUCCGAGGCUAUCCGGGCAGACAUUGAAGAAGUCGCUGCCGCCUGCGGACAUUUUUCUUUCAGCUUGCUCGCCGUAGCAGAGGCUAUGGACUCUUACCUGGACGUUCUGGAAGAACUCAAACACUCGACUGAAACCCUUGACAGGAGCUGGAACUGGAUGAAGUUCUGGCGAUUUCGAUGGAAGGCGCAGGACGCAACAGGCGAGGACGCGGAGCGAGAGCCCCUCCUCGCCAGAACGCAGUCCGGUAUUCGUCGCUCUGCCCUUCCAAAGGGUAUCCCUACUUCCAUGAAGAAGCAGCGCGACAGCUACCACUGGGACGCAUCGUCACAAUCUAGCAGCUGGACUAGGAGCUUCUCGCAGCUGAUUCUGAAUGUGUUGCGAUUUCUGUCGCGAGAAGACGUUGUCUUUGGCAUCAAAAUUGCCAUCGGCGCAGUUCUUUGGGCAAUGUUUGCCUUCAUCCCCGCUACACGUCCGGUGUACCAGACAUGGAGGGGCGAAUGGGGGUUGCUGUCCUACAUGGUUGUCGUCGGCAUGACCAACGGAGCGUCCAACACGACUGGCCUCUCCCGCCUCAUCGGUACUCUCAUAGGCGCGGUCUGUGCCUGUGCAGCGUGGAUCAUCAGUUUUGGCAAUGCCUAUGCACUCGCGAUUUUCGGGUUCUUCAUGGCUCUGGGCAACUUUUACAUGAUCCUUAUCGUCAAAAAUGGACCACUUGGGCGAAUCUCACUGCUCGCGUACAAUGUCAUUGUGCUCUAUGCUUACAGUAUUUCCCAGCAGGACGAACUCGACGACGAUGAAGGUGGCAGAAACCCUCUCAUCUUCGAUAUUACCUACCACAGAGUCAUUGCGGUCACAUUGGGCAUCGUCUGGGGAAUGCUGUUCUGCCGCAUGCUGUGGCCCAUCUCUGGGCGAGCCAAGUUCCGCGAAGGCCUCGCGGUGCUGUAUCUGCAGCUGGGUCUCAUCUGGAAGCGCGGCCCGCUCACUAUCCUGGCGGAGAGUGACAGCAAGCGCGACUACAUGGACGCCAGGGAGCAGGCCGCGCUGCAGCGGUACGCCUUCAAGCUCGAGGCGCUCCGCGCGUCGGCCAAGUCCGAGUUUGAGCUGCGCGGGCCGUUCCCGAACAAGGCGUACAGCCGCGUGCUGCACGCCACCAAGCACAUCCUCGACGGCUUCUACGCGAUGCGUCUCAUCAGCGAGCACCGGGGCUUGCUGUCAGCUGGCGAGCGCGCCCUCCUCGACUUCACCGCCGCGGAGCGCUUGCUGCUCUGCCAGCGCAUCAGCCACGUCUUUCAGGUGCUCGCCUCCUGCAUCAUGCUCGAGUACCCGCUCACCGACGUCAUCCCCACCAUCGAGAGCAACAAGGACCGCCUGCUCGGCAAGAUUCACCAGUUCCGCGUCGACCACCUCCAGGCGCAGCUGUCGAGCGGCGACGGCAAGGCCCCCGCCGGGGUGGUCCCGAAGGAGGCCGCAACCACCGCCGGGGUGGUCCCGGAGGAGACCGCAACCGCCGCGCGGAGAGGCAGCGCGAGCGGCGCCACGCCCGAGCAGCUCAGCGUGGAGGUGGAGGAGAGGGACUACGCGCUCGUCUACGCGUACAUACUCGUCACGGCCCAGGUGGCUGCCGACCUGCAAAAGGUCCGCGAAGAGAUUGAGGGCCUGUUUGGCGUGCUCCAUCAAAACGACAUGUUGCUAGAGUAG